AUGAGCACGGCGGGAGCGGACGGCAGCAGAAGCAGCAGCAGCAGCGCAAGUAGCAGUAGCGGAGCCGGUCAGUGAGGCGAAGAGCACCGCGGCGGAGAGGGCAUGGCGCUGCCGGGGGAGCGCGGCGCGGAGCCUCAGCCCGGCGCCUCCCGCUCCGCCGAGGAGGAGGAGGACGGCGGCGGGAGCGGUGGGCAGCCCGAGGCGCUGUCGCUGGAGGAGAUCCUCAGGCUCUACAAUCAGCCCAUCAACGAGGAGCAGGCGUGGGCCGUGUGCUACCAGUGCUGCGGAUCGCUACGGGCCCGCGCCCGCCGCGGCGAGACCCCCGCCGCCAGGCUGGGGGCGGCCGCCCAUCUCCGCGUCUGGCGGGACGGCACCGUCACCCUGGAGCAGGGCGAGCCCCACCGGCCGCCCUCACCCGCCGCAGAUAAAUCAGGCCGUUUGCACUGCACAGAAAUGGAGGUUAUUGAAUCCCUAGGGAUUAUUAUAUAUAAAGCCCUGGACUAUGGUUUGAAGGACAAUGAAGAACGGGAAUUAAGUCCCCCACUGGAGCAGCUUAUUGACCACAUGACUAAUACCACAGAAACAGAUGGAAGUAGGGAUGAAGGGUAUGAUGCUCUGGAUGAAGGAGUGGAGGAUGAAGAUGAUGACAAAGAGGAAGUUAAGGCCAUUCGUUCGUAUAAAGAUGUUAUGAAGCUGUGUGCUGCCCACCUGCCAACUCGAUCAGAGGCACCAAACCACUAUCAAGCAGUAUGUCGGGCUCUGUUUGCUGAAACAAUGGAACUGUACACUUUCUUGGCCAAAAUUAAAAGUGCAAAAGAGAAUCUGAAGAAGAUUCAAGAAAUGGACAAAGAUGCAAGUGAUGAAUCCAGCACAGAUCUUGAUGACUUAAAAAAUGCUGACUGGGCUCGUUUCUGGGUACAAGUGAUGAGAGAUUUACGGAAUGGUGUUAAACUUAAGAAAGUUCAAGAGCGUCAGUAUAACCCACUCCCUAUAGAGUAUCAGCUCACACCCUAUGAAAUGCUGAUGGAUGAUAUUAGGUCAAAACGUUACACCUUAAGGAAGGUCAUGGUCAACGGUGACAUUCCACCUCGAUUGAAAAAGAGUGCCCAUGAAAUAAUCCUGGAUUUCAUCCGAUCGCGACCUCCAUUAAAUCCUGCAUCGGCAAGAAAGCUGAAACCAACCCCACCACGGCCACGCAGCCUUCAUGAGAGGAUACUGGAGGAAAUCAAGGCAGAGAGGAAGCUACGUCCAGUCUCACCUGAUGAGAUCAGGCGUAGCAGGCUGGAUGUGCCUACGCCAGAGGCUGGAAGGAAAUUAUUGGCUGGCUCUGUAGCAAACGGUGGCCCGGCACCACAAGGGAAGCAGAACGGGGCCACGCAGGUGACAGUGCAGCGCAAGAGGCUCCUCAAGGCUCCCACACUGGCUGAACUUGACAGUUCAGAUUCAGAGGAGGAAUCAGUGCACAAAUCAGCAAGUAGCAGCAGCAUCUCCCCCUCACAAGUGGAAGACCCCUCUCAAGAAGGCACCAGCAGCAGAAAGAUGCCUCCAAAGUUCUUGCCCAUAUCAUCUACACCACAGCCUGAGAGACGGCAGCCGCCUCAGAGACGACACUCCAUUGAAAAGGAAACACCAACCAAUGUGAGACAGUUCUUACCACCUUCAAAACAGAGCUCCAGAUCACUUGAGGAGUUCUGCUACCCGGUGGAAUGUCUGGCUCUGACGGUGGAGGAAGUCAUGCACAUCCGUCAGGUGCUGGUGAAGGCAGAGCUGGAAAAGUACCAGCAAUAUAAAGAUGUCUACACUGCUCUCAAGAAAGGAAAGCUCUGCUUUUGCUGUCGAACAAGAAGGUUUUCUUUCUUUACCUGGUCUUACACUUGUCAGUUCUGUAAAAGGCCUGUGUGCUCUCAGUGUUGCAAAAAAAUGAGGCUGCCAUCAAAGCCAUAUUCUACUCUCCCCAUCUUCUCACUGGGACCUUCAACCUUGCAAAAAGGGGAAAGUUUUAUGAGGCCAGAGAAGCCCUCUACCAGUCACCACCGGUCCCUGCGGAGCAUGUCCAGGUUGACCUCAAGGUCCAAAUCCAUGGAUAAGUCACAUGAAGAAUUUCCCAAAGAAUUAAUGGAGGACUGGAGCACGAUGGAAGUGUGUGUGGACUGCAAGAAGUUUAUUUCAGAAAUCAUCAAUUCCAGCCGGCGCAGCCUGACUCUGGCCAACAAGCGGGCGAGGUUAAAAAGGAAAACGCAGUCCUUCUACAUGGCAUCACCAGGAACGUCUGAAUACUGCCCCUCUGAAAGGACUAUCAAUGAGAUCUGAGCUGUGUGCCUUUUCCUUUGCUUCUGUCUUCAUGAAGUCAUCAUCCAUGAGCAAGGUCCCUGAACCUGGAUUAUCAUUCCCUUGCAUUAGAGCACAGGAUUUCCUGCUCCGGCGCUCCCCAGGGACGCGGGGUGCCGGGCUCAGAUUUGUGCAGAACGAUGCGUGACGGGUCAGCUGUUCACACUGAAAGAAAAUCAAUAGUUUGAAAUCGUUGCCUCUUUUGUAUGUGUGUGUUGAAACUAGAAAGUCUUUUCUUGCUUUCAGUCUCUUUUUUUUUUUUUUUUUAAUCAUGCUUUAAAUCAUUUUUCAGGAGAUGAGCUGAAAACGUAGUUUUCGUGGAGAACCAAAUCUAACAAAGUGUCAGUGUUAGCACUGUAGCAAACAGCAAGUCAUAAUGGCAUUACCCCCCUAGUAAUGCUCACAUCCCAGCUGAAACAGCAGAGGGUCGUGUUUCACACCUGACACACAGUGAGAGCAACUGUAGUCAAAACCACCUUUCUUUGAACCAUUCUGGUUGCUCUGAGAUCAGGGUUCAGCAUGGGACUCUACGGUGUCUGCGUCCUCUGGGAAAAUCUGGGAUGAAGCUCUUUGCCUGUCUGGUUUGCCAUUCCCCCUGAGCUGCUGUACUUUUUUAAGCCUUAGUGUACUUCUAAGUCUCUCCUGAGCUGGUUUUAGUAAUUUACUUUCUAUCUUGAAUGUAUGAUAAUGACUACUAGUAGCAGUGAAUUUUAGUAGUAGACAGAGUUGUACAGUUUAUGGGGAGGAUGGGAAAUAAGGGAGGCUUCUAAUUUUAACUGAAUACCUGUAAAUUGUUCUCGUGGUUACUCAGAGAAGUAAGUAAGGUGUACAUUUGUAUUAUAAUGGAGCACACAAAUACUGCUAUAGUUAUGUCUAUCAGCAUAUCCACUGAUAACCCCAUUUUUUCUGGGGUUUGUAACUUGGCUGUAAAAAUUUGUGUUCUGCUGAAAUUUGGGACUGUGCUGUCUCAGAUUGGGAGCAAUCUCUUUUUUUUCCCUUUCAUCUGUUUUCAUUCGUUUUCCCUUUUUAAUUCUCUUAUGAAAGAGUGCUAGGCUAAUAAUUUAGGUGUUCCAACAAUGUUAUGUUAACUGACAUCUCAUGCUUUUUUGCACUUUUUUAAAUGUUCAAAAUACUUUUUUUUUUUUCAAUUCAGGCAUAGCCAGAGUUUAAUCAACAAUUUGGGGCUAGGUAAUUUUGGUAUUUAAAAACAAGCUUACGUAGCCAAGUUAUUAAUACUUGAAAAUCAACUACUGUAACUUUUUCAUAAAUUUUUUAAUACCCUGAGGCAUAUUUAAUAUCUAUAUAGCAGUGUAUUAUAGAAUGACAUAGCAGAAAAGUUUCAGAUCUAUUUAUUAACAUUUCUAUGCUUGGGAUUAAUGAGAGAUACCUCAGAACUGCUCCAAAGUAGCUGGGACUGGAUUUCUAUAAUACGACUUUAAAGAUGCGUUAAUCAAAACAGAUUCUCCCAUCCAACUAUCAUGCAUUGAAAGCCCCAGACAAGGCAGACUUCACUGCCAGCCCUGGUAAGGGACGUUGUGGAGGCUGUGGGGCCCCAGGGGUGGUUGGCACCCAUUCAGCCACGGGGCUCCCAGUCCCACUGCUGGCUGCCUGCUGCUGCCCAGGGGAACAAGGCUUCCCCUUCAAAGUGUUUUUGCAUGUUACUCUUCAGCCUUUGGAGCAGCCACUCAUAUCUUUUAGGUUGAUUUGAAAAGCACAUGUUGAAGUCUCUUUAAACAUUCCACCCAUCCUUAUUUUUGUUUGAAGUUCCCCCUGGAAAAAAAGAAUUUUUGCAUAUGCAGGGCUUAUUGAAAUAAUGUUUUUAAUUUUUUUUUUUUCCUGAACCAAUACAAACAGGAAAAGCAGGGCUUGAGGCUAACUCUCCCUUGUAGCUGACCCAUGUAAGGUCAGCUGUCAUGGCCCUCAGGGUACCUCUGGAAGCACCUGGAGUACUGGCAUGAGAUAAGGACGUAGGGUUGCAGGAGGAGGUUGCAGUACAGGCAGAUUGGUUUGGAAGGUUUUUGUUGCUGGAAGGGUCUCCUGAUCUCGGUCACAUCAGCACUUUUUCUUGUUUCUGUGCCAAAACCAGGCUGUGUGCUUGCUGCACGGUGCAUCAGGAAAACUAGAUGGAAAGGAAUGCAUGAAAUCUCACUUUGCAUCUCCCCAGUUGUUGCUCUUAUAAUUUUCUCCUGGAAGUGUCCCGGCCACGUGUUAAAAUCGCUCAAUUCUCUGCUUGCAGCCUCAAACUCCUGAGGUGCAGAGUACCCAGCACAUUUAUUUUCCCCUUUGAGAAGAAUGUAGGACACUGCAGAGCAGGCAGGAUCAAGGACUAAGUAAAUCCUGGCUGUGCAAAGGGAAUUGAGUCCCCUUGCAGCAAGCCUGCAGCAUCCACAGCAUCCGGGGUGGCCAAAGCCUCGGGGUCCGUCUUUGCCCUCCUGGGAUGCCCAAGAGCCCUUGGCUCUGGGCAGGCUCUGCUGCACUGGGCAGGGCACAAGCCCAGGCAGUGCAGUGGAUGAACAAGCUGCUUUAUGUUGUUCACACAGCCAUGGGGCAGGGCACAGACUCCUCUGGAAAAAAAAUCCUUCAGGCUGCUGACACACGUUGGGGCAAGCUCCAGAAAACGUGGUGCUGCCUCCCUGCUUCCCUCCCAUCCCUUCCUCUCUGCCACAGCUACUCCUCGUUAUCCUGGCAUCUCAUUCUGCAAACGAAACAGCAGUGGGCCAGUUGCCACGCAGAGCCUGAAGGAGCUCCCUCGCCUGCCUCUCUGCAGAGUGGGCUAUUUUUAGCUUUCCAUCUCACUGCUUGCACCAGCAUCCCAAAUCCACCGCAGCCAUUUGCCAGCGUACCCUGCGGGGCUGCCCUGCACGUCCUGUUUACAGUCUGAGCUUCACAUUAGCGUCAGAGGAUGAAAUCAGAAGCUUGUAAAUAUGUGUAAUAUAUUUAUUAAUAUUUUAGAAAGUCUCCAUCGAUCAUGCAAUGGGGAUUGGCUUUCCCAUGAUGUUUUAAAAUGGAAAUGAGUCUUAUUUAUAUAAGUGUGUUGGCUAUUAUGUUUAUUAGCAUUAACGCUUUCGGUCCCCUAAAUGCAGUUUGCACUCCGUAGGCAUUUUAGAGUGAAAAGAAUGCAGGACUAGCACAGUGAGCUCUCUUCCAUGAAAUUUAAAGUCUUUUCAUUUUAUUUUUUUCCCCUUCAUUAAUAUGGCCAAGGUCUGUUUAAAUACAUUGUAGGAGACCAAAGGAGUUAAAAAUGCCACUGGCAGCAUCCAUCUUGUUGGUCUGUAUGUGAACCCAAUUGUGGAGAAUUCAAACCCAGCUCUGCCUCAUGGUGACAGUGGAGGAAGCAAGCAGGGCUUUGCUGCAGCUCUCAAACCUGACCUUUCAAAUAGUCACAGUGACAAUAGUGCUCUUGGGGUUUGUUUUUUGUUUUCUUCCUGUUCCCCAUUACUUACAGGGAGGGGUGUUACCUGGCAAAAAUAAAAUGCCUUUCCAUUAUAGCCCUUGUCUCUGUUAAUUAUUCAUGUGGAAGCUCAUUUAAAGGUUCUCUGUCUCUCUUUUUCAUGCUUUUUUUAGUUUUGUAAGAGCAGCCAGAUGCUUCUUUUGGCAAAGAAUUGUUAACGAAAACGAUUGAAUAACAGCUGAUCACCAGCCAGGCUGCAUGAAGGAACUGAAAUGUGUCAAAGUACUCUUAGAACAGCAAUAAAACUGCUUGUGUAACCCCAGUGAUGUGAUGAGCAUGUAGUGAUCAUUUCCAGCCAACUUCUCUCCAUUACCAAUGUGUCACUGCUUCCAGCACUGGCAGUCUGUAAGCCAAGGUGUGCUUGUCCUGCAUGGCAUACAGGCUUUGAGAAAUCUCCAUCCCCCCGUCUUUGGGAGAGAAAUGCUGGCAGUCUUUUGGAGAGGUGUUCGAAUUACUGUUUUUAGUUUACACCAGAAACAGAGAGAACAUUUUAAUCACAACUGUUAUAUAAUUCUCACAUCUCUUUCGAGCUCCCCUUUUUCCCCAAGCAAGUUCAGCAUCAGCUUCCACGGCUAGUUAUGGGCUGCAUGCUGUACAGGUUAAAAAACUAAUUUGAAAGCUCCAACUUUAGCCUCCUGAUUGCUGCUUUCAUGCUUUGCCUCAUCCAGCAGCUCUGUGCAUCUUUUAGGAAUGUCUUAUGAGCUCAGACUCAUCAGUGAAGCAGUGACAGCACACAGCAUGAGGGAACAGUGCUGUGACUCUCUGCUCCAGUGUACAGCAUAUGGAUCAUGUUAAUAUCACCAUAAAAUUUUAUAGUAGUUCCCGUGUUGAUAACUUGGAGCUGCUCUGGUUUGUUUCCUGAUUUGUAUGUAUUUAUCUUCAGGCUAAUCUGAGAAUGUUUAUGAAUGUUGAUCCCAGCUAUAAAGAUCUCUUUUCUUGUUUCUGUCUGAUUUUUACUACUGUUCCCAAUUUUUCACAUGCCUGGAAUUACUAUUCACCAGAAU